AUGAGCAGGCGACAGUCGCGUGUAUCGAUUGAUGCAAGACAAAACGACACCCUCCUCGAGUUCGAAAACUUCAAGAAGAAAUUUCUCCUCGCCAACAAACACAUAACGAAACUCAACUCCACGCUCAGCGUUCGCAUCGAAGAAUUGAACGCACAGAUAUCCACUCUUUAUGUCGAGAACCUACGCUUGCGCGCAUCGGAGAUCGCGCUCACCUCACAGCUGAAACGCGAACGGGAGAGGUCAAGAAAAAUCAUCGCAGACACGGAAGCUGCAACACAUAGCCUGCUCAAGCAUCUAGGUCAUAUUCGCAAGUCGUUCAGCAUACCUCAUAGCAGGUCGUCCAGCGAGGAGUCCCAACCACCUGCGCCCACAGCCGUCCGCGCGAAACGGCCCGUCGUGAACCCAAACGCAUCGCCAGCCCCGAACCGUCUCGCUCGCCCUCCGACCUUCCCGGGCAUCACCGAGGACGACGAGACGAACCUGUCAUCUCCCGGAGAGCCCGACGCCGAUGUGGAGGAGGAACUCGAGGCCAGUCCCACGCCUGUGAAGCGUCGGAAGACCAAACCACACACAUCAGACUCUCGGCUUCCCGUGCCGACACGGGUCGCUUCCCCGCCCCCGGUUCCGGAGAUUGACUUCUCGGAGCAACUGAACAAGGUCGGCAAGCGCAAGCCGACGAGGCGACAGAGCGGAUUGCUGUCCAGCGUAUCAAUCACAACCGUAACAUCGGGAGGUAUCAGUACAGAAAUCAUGCCCCCACGACCGCCAAGUCCCGCAUUUGGGUCUCCAUUCCGGCGUGAAGUCGGAUUGGCCGAAGAGGAGGAGGAGCUUGCAGCUGUCAACGGUGAGGUCGUAGGUCCGCAGUACGAGGAGCAGGAAGUAGAGGUAAUCCUACAAGCCGUGACGAAGAGGGAGAGGAGGGAGAAAAAACUUAAAGAGAAGGAUAGAGAUAGAGACAGGGACAAGGACAGGGACAGAGAUAUCAUCGCGGAUAGUGGAACCAGUCGGGAUCAUGAGAGGAAGAGAUCCAGAGUACACGAAGAGCCAGCAGGUAUCGAAUCCAGCGGAGGAAGCAAGUCGAAGCUGAAGGACGUCACCAAUUCGCAAGCUGCUCCGUCUGUUCUUUCUUUGUUCGAUGCCCCAGAUCGUGAACGGCAACGCACCUCAAAUGACGAUGAAGAACCCACAGCCACGACUUCCACACACACGCUCUCAUCCAGCGUUGCGACGCGCAACUUCCUGUCGGCAGCAGUAGAUCCGCCACCCAUCACCCACUCGAGUCGAACAUCUUACCUAGCCUCACCACGAACGUCCAGCCCCCCUCCAGCAGCAGCAUCCGAAGCAGAGCCCGUAGGCGGGCGUGAAAGGAGGGUACGCAAGAGCAUAAACUAUGCUGAGCCCAAGCUCAACACGAAAAUGCGCAAGCCUGACGCGGGCCCGUCGACGUCGAAACGGGCGUCGACUUCGUCGGGCGAGGGAUCAGCGUUGCGUGCGUCACCCGAGGCUCCUGCGCAGGAUCCGCCACCCGCACCUGAUCCGGGCGCCGUGAGGCGCAAGAAGUCGCGCGCGCGUAUGCUCAGCGAGGACGGUGAGGAGAGCGAGGGCGCUCAGGCCGACGCGGAGUUCGGCGGCCUGCGUGCAGCGGGCAGCGGCUGGGUCAACAUGGAAGGGCGGCGGCGCAGCGUGCAAAGCGGGUCCGGGAGCUUGAGGCGCGUCGAGGGCGACGACGCGCGGCGGCACAGCUUGGCUGUCUAG